AUGAACUGGGUUGACACUGCUCUGCCAGGGCCUUCUGAGCGAUUGUGCAAGAUGUGUUGGGAUAGAGCUGGGAAGCGGAGGGGAGGACCUCCACUGGGGACUGGUGAUCCUCAGACAACCCCGAUCCUGUACUCUCAUGUCGUGGAGAAAAUGGAGGGUGUGGUGCAGAAAUCCCCUCCGAGUCCUGAUUCCUCUCCCCACAGCCCUCACACUUGCCUGGAUCCAUCUCUGACGACCUCCUUCCUGACCACUGGAGGAGAUUGUAGCCCAUCUUUACCCGUGGAAAGGCAGGAAGACAAUGCCGGGACCAACCCUGUAGGAACAUCUCUUCAGUCAGCAGCACUCCCUGAACUGCAGCAGCCGGUCCUCAGGGAGAGUCCACCACCGCCCAGAAUCGUCUCCACAUACUCAUCAGAGCCGUGUUUCACACCAUGUAGCCCAUCUCCUGGGCUUCCUGUUCUAUCCACCUAUCUCAGUGAAGGUGCUGAAAGUACCAACAGUGUUAUCUCAUCUGCCCAGGCUGCUGUAGCAGUACCUACAGCAGUUCUGCCACAAGGAGAACUCAGUCUGGCAGAUACCUCUGAGACAAUGAACUACUCAACUAUAAUGGGAAAUAACAGCAUGGGCCUAGACACUGCCUUGCCAUUUCUCUGCAUGCCUCCCAAUACUGGUGAAUUUGAAACGGCACACAUUACAAAUAGCAUCCUAAAUGUUGUUAAAAGCUCAAACUACCUAGAGAAGAGCCCUGAGACAACAAAUUAUCCACUUUUAUUGGAGAACAACAGUAGCCAAGAUAUUUCCUCAUUAUGUCACUGCAUUCCUCCCAGUUUUGGAUAUCUUGGUGAUCCAAGAAGAAAUGUCAGGAUGCUUGAUAUUCAUUUGAUGACUGCACAGAAGGAGGCCACACCUAAGCACGCAGCCUGCUACUUGGUUUGUAUUUUGUUCUCCAAGGAAAUCAUGAUUUCCAGCUCUGUAGCUGUCAAUUCCCAAGGCCGCCAACCCCUGGAUCCAAACAAAAUGGCUGCAAUAAGAGAACAUCUGGCAGCAGUUUUUCCCAACCGUGAUUUACGUGAAUGUGGAAAAGACUGGCAAGCCUGUAUUUCCGAUAUCAAUUCUCUGAUCUGCCAUUUAUGUUCCAAAAGAACACCCCAGAAAACUGUUGACAACAAUAUAGAGCCUACCAACCCCAAUACAGAUUCGAAUGAUAAAAGGGAUGGUGAUGACAGUGAAAGUAGUUCCCUGUUAUCUCAGCAAGCAGCUGGCUCAGAAACAAGAGAAAAUGGGAAUUCUCAGCAGAACAGCAGUGCUCUCCCUGAAGGAAUUAAAGAACCUUCCACUGAAAAUUCAAUGGUAUCUUAUGAAACACUGGAAUAUCUUGGAAAUCCAUGUAGAAAUAUACAGAUGCCAAAAUCAGUUCUGAAUAUAGCAAAAGAGAAGUCUCUUCCAGAGCUGUCAGCCAGAUACCUUAUUCACAACCUGUUCACAGAAGAAGUCCUGAUACAAAGUAAUGUCUAUGGCAGUCUGGGGCGUGGCAUGUGCGCCCUUAACGCCAAUAAGAUUAACGCUUUCCGAGAGUUUCUCCAAGACAUCUACCCGACUUGUGAUCUAUCAGAAACUGGAUGUGACUGGGAAUUGUGUGUGACAGCUCUCAAUAGUUGUAUUUGUAGUCUUAGAUGUGACCACAAGAAGUCCGCAUCCAAAUGACAGCCGCCUCCAGCAGCGACUCCUUCGACAGAGUCAGAGCCAAGGGAUACUGGCUUAGCUGACUGA